AUCUCAUUUCCAUCUUCUUUCCUCCUCCCUCUCUAUCCCUUUCCUUCCCACCUGAUUCAAUCCUCAAUCAUUCCAUUUUUAGAAAGUCCGUGAACCUAACCAGCGCCCCUUCUCUCUCCUCGUUCUCAUUACCAGAUCAGAAAAACCCUAAUUUUGUAAAAAUCUUCAAAAUUUAUAUACUGAAAGCCGAAGGUAUUUGAAAAAGUUUCAUCGAAUCGAAAUGAAGAUCAUGUCCUCUUAAUCGCCAUCCGAAAGCUUAAUUAAAGAUGAUGUUUAUGAGAAGAUCUACUCAAUCCGAGUUGGAUGCAUUUUAUCCAGUUAGACCAGAGUGCCACGACAGUGUCCCGAAGUCCAGAUUCAAGCUUAAGACAGGAAAAACUCUUAGUGCAAGGAGGUGGCGCGCUUCAUUCUCUGAAGAGGGUCAGCUGGACAUUGCAAAAGUACUAAGAAGGAUUCAACGUGGGGGUGUCCACCCCUCUAUCCGAGGUGCUGUCUGGGAGUUUUUGCUGGGCUGUUACUCUCCAAAUAGUACGUUUGAUGACCGAAGUCUAAUCAGGCAACGCCGCAGGGAGCAGUAUGAUGAAUUGAAAGCAGAGUGCCAGAAGAUGGUUCCUGUUAUCGGUAGUGGGAAGUUUCUCACAACACCUAUCGUAACUGAUGAUGGACAACCAAUAGACGAUGUCCCCGGACCACAUGGUAGUCAACAAGGGAGCAGUGAUCCUGCUUUUGAGAAGAAAGUGAUACAAUGGAAGCAGGUUUUGCCUCAAAUUGGUUUGGAUGUAGUACGUACAGAUCAGCCACUUAUGUUUUAUCAGACCGAAACUAACCAGGCAAAACUCUGGAAUAUUCUUUCUAUAUAUGCUUGGGUGGACAGUGACAUUAGUUACGUUCAAGGGAUGAAUGAUAUCUGUUCUCCAAUGGUAAUACUUCUUGAAAAUGAAGCAGAUGCCUACUGGUGCUUUGAGCGUGCAAUGCGUAGAUUGAGGGAUAAUUUCAAGACGACUUCAACUUCAAUUGGAGUACAAGCUCGACUGAGUACACUUUCAACAAUAAUAAAAGUUGUUGAUCCUAAACUUCACCAACACCUUGAAGAAUUAGACGGAGGCGAGUAUUUGUUUGCAUUUCGUAUGCUGAUGGUGCUUUUCAGAAGAGAGUUCUCAUUCAUGGAUUCUUUGUAUCUUUGGGAGCUGAUGUUUGCCAUGGAGUACAACCCAAACACUUUCUUGUUAUAUGAAACCAGUGCAGCAGCGGAAACCACUGCUAACAUAAGUGAGAAACUGUUAAGGCAGUAUGGGAAGUUUGAGAGGAACAAUGUUAGAACUGGGUUCAAGGAUUACCAGAGUGGAUUAGCUGUGUUUCUUGCUGCAAGCAUCCUUGAGAACAAACACAAGCAAAUCUUGAAAGAAGCGAAGGGCCUCGAUGAUGUUGCCGAGAUUAUGGGGGACGUAACAGGGAAUAUUGAUGCAAAAAAAGCAUGUAAAGAGGCAUUGAUCAUCCAGAAAAAGUUUUUAAAAAGGCAGGCUCAGCAGCAAUCAUCAUAAGAUCUUACUGCACCUUCGCUUUGUCGGAACGCCAAGAAAUUGAUACUUUGUGAACCAGUUCGCCCUGUUGUAGAAAGUUUUCUAUAUUGUAUUUGUAUUAAACAGAAGUCCGAAGGAGAGAAACUGGAGAAAGAAAUGGGGGUCUGAUUGUAUGUAACACCAUUGCCCUACCCUUUUGUUUGUUUGGGGUAGAGACAGGCUGAAUGUAAGCCUUAUUUGUUAUUCUUUUGUUGUGAAGUGUGUUGUAAGCUAUAACAACCUCAUUAUUCUUUGUAAUCUAUGGAGGUUUGGAUAAAUGAAAAGAAAAAUUUGACCCA